UGAACAUCAGUUGUUUAAGGGAGGGACCAAUUGUACAGGGAGAUCACCUUCCUGUCUUGAAUAUAGAGAAUUCCCAAAUGCAUCUGGAUGGCUACUAAGCAAGACUAGGCUCCGAUGGCAGGAAGCACAGAAUGGCCAGCCUAUUUUGUCUGCAACCUUUGCACUUGAAAAUGAGCAUCCUAAAUGACCAAGGUUCUGAAUCACAUGGGGUUUCUAAACCAGGGUGAGAGGAUCCAUUUCAGCUGUUUCUUUCAUCACUGUGAUGUGAUGAGCUGUUUGAGAACAUCACACCUCUAAUGCAUCCUCUUACUUUGUAUUGGUUUAAGAUGGGAAUACUGCUGUUCCUGGCAGGAGAAGGGCUGCCCCUGAGGUGUGAAAUUUGUAGAGACACUAACUACGAUUGUACUGGACCCGCUUAUGCCUGUUUGCCCUUUUUCGACUCAUGUGUCACCAUUCAGUCAGAGAAACGACCAGCCUUCAGCAUAAACAAGCCUUAUCACUCCAAGGGAAAACGUGCUGUGCUGAAGAAAUGCAUCGGAAGCAGUAUUUGCAGUGAAGGCGUCUCCAUCGUUAAUAUAGGCAGAAGAGGAAUCAUCACCACCAAGGUUUCUUGCUGCAAAGGGGACGACUGCCGGAAGCCUGCUCUCCCUCGUAUGAUGCCAUUUACAAAUUCACCUUCAAACGUGCCACCCAUCAAUACAACGGCCAACGGGAAAGCCUGUCCUGUGUGCCUUACUUUUUCAAAAACAAUAUGCCAGUCAGAAGGGACUGUUCGCUGUGUGGGAGACCAGCUUUACUGCCUCCUCAUAUACGGGAUAGCAAGUGCUGGAGUCAGUGGAACUUUUGCAAGCAUUGGGGACCCUGUCAUAUCUUCACACAUUGCGAUCAGGGGCUGUGCUAACCAGGUUUUCUGUGACACGUUUCACGAGGGGGCUGUCCAUCUUGCCUCGCUCACGUUAAUUGGGUCAGGUAAUUGUGAGCUCGCAACUAGCACUGUUCAAGGCCUCAGUGUGUACUUCCUUCCAGUCCUUGGUGGACUCUUUCUUCUGAAGAGCAUUGCUUGAUUUCCUUCUGCCUCAAAGAUGUAAGACGCUCUCCCUUGCCAUUUGCUCACAGCUCUGAGGUCACAGAGAGAUCAUAUGUUUUACAGAAAAUGAAGAAUAGUCAAUCGUUAUUAAACUGGUCAUGCUAUCCAUAUGUUCAUUUUUGUUUAACAAUCUGCUCUAACCUCUGGCAGUAGUAGAACAUGGUGGUGGUGACAUUAUGCUUUAGAAUGGUUUGCUAAGAAAUGCCGCUGAAGGUUGUGAAGAAAAUAAGCUGGGUAGAAUUGUGUUUUCCCUGAAAUGGGAUCAGUAAUG